UCUGCUUUGUUUCGAGAGGGUUCCUGGUUGCUACGCGUAAUUCAGGGAUCGUUAGAGAGUCAGUGAGUUCAAUUUUUGGAUUUCGGUGUUGAUUUGUGUGACUGUGAGUUAGAAUUGGCGGGGUGAGUAUUGGACAUUAGGUCGGUUGAGGAUCUGGUUAGUUCUCGAGGUAGGGUUUGAGAGAGACCGUGUCAGGUAGGUCGAUCGCCAUGGAGGUGCGAUGGGGUUGGGGAGCAGCGUCGCUGUGUGGGGCAAUGUGGGUUUUGUUGGUGGUGGAGGUGAUUUGCGUUGGCGCUGCGGUUGCGCCUGUUUUGAAAGCUGGUGAGACUCCCGUGUCUGCCCUGGAAGCUGUUUCGGACACUCUAGACCUACUGAAGCAGCGCAUGGGAUGGAAAGCAGAUGAGGUGAAGUUAGGUAGUAUAGAUACAAGGGACGCCAAAAUAGGGCAGACUCUCAUAUACGAAUUUGACAUCCAGGUUGGUGGUGUAGUGAUCCCGCUGCGGCUCUCCGAGGAGGUUACUUCAUGGCAGUAUUUACAGGAGCUUCCUGCUCCGAGUAGUGACGCUGAAGACAAUGAGGACGGCAAGGGUGGUGGGAAGCAGGAAGUGAAGAAGGGAGCUGUGAAUGUAUGGCAUCCUGAAGCUUUUGCUGCUACGUUAGCCCCAUUUGAGGUGGCUGGACCCGUAGACCUUUGGAUUCAAGACGCGGAGGAGCUGCGACUUGCUAUGCCUCAUGAUGUAGAUGCAGGAGUGCUGAAAAGAGUAUUGUUGGCUGAUGGAGCCGUAGUUUCUGUCCAAGGAGCUCGUGAAGUGAGUCUUUCACGACCAUUGCAAUUGCCACUACCUCUCCCAAGAGGUCCAGAUGGUGGACUAGCUGCCAGUCUUGUUGCACUAGCUGCUCGCCUCCGAUCCGCAUCUCGUGGACAAGAGAAACCCUUGCUCUCCCUUCGAAUAGUGGGCCCUAGUUCAUUGACGGCCGUGAAAACCCCUGCAGAGUCAAGCCCCGGGAGGUUAAAGGUCAAGAGGCUGGGCUCUGGAGCUGUUGAGCUAACAUCCGCAGUGGCCAAGAAAGUAGAAUCCAAGCCAAUGACAGUGCCUUAUGGACCCUUAGCCGUAACAGACAACAUCGAGGAUUUAUACAUGUGGCCUCUUCCUCACAUAAACAUGAGCAAACUGGAAGGCUUGGAGCAAGCACUAAUGAAGAUCUUGGGCAAAGAGGCGUACAGAAGAGGCUCCUUCCAACUCCUCAAAGCCAAGGUUUCUGCUGCCAGUUUUGUACAAAUUGGGUUUGAAGUUGAUAAAUCAAUCGACAAGGACGCCUUCGAAGAUGACGAGCUUUGGCCUGAGUGGGCUACGAAGCCAAGUAUAGAGCAUUUGCAGUUUGAGCUUCUGACAAUAGUGGAGGGCAAAAAGUUGAGGCCUGUCCAGGUUCAGCAAUCUGAGUCAGUUAUGCCCACAAUUGCCGUCUCCCCCAACGUUGUGGAUGGAAACCUCACCUUCGGAACUGUCCCUUUUUUGAUGCCUCCAGGUGCCAUGACUCUAGAUGUUGAUUUUGAAGGUGUUAUAGAUUGAAAGGUAUAGUUCUCAAGGUUUCCUCUUAUUCAUUUUCUAAACACCGUAAUUGUAUAUAGCUUCUAAUAAAUAGUUAUUGUGCCACUGAGAGGUCGUGACUCGAGUUCAACUUCAUUCUUGACAGUAAACGUAUACUCACGUAUUCUUGAUGAUUUUGAAAAAAUGAAUUAAUAAUAGUGAAAUGUUUUCACUCUUAAA